CACUUGCACGCGGUCUUUGCUCGUGUGAGUAAAUGGCCGUUGCUCGUACGCCAGCCGUGCUUGUCCAUCAGCAUACUUUGUUGAUUACUCUCGCAUGGCUAUCUCUACCAACUGUCUUCCUUGAGAUUAAUACUCAAUUUUUUCAAUCGUGCAAGAGGCCGCUCGAAUUGUCGUGGCCGCUAUUCCGCUCAUGUCAUCAUGGGGCUCACAUUUGAAGACGCUCUGGGUGACCCAGACGAGGGCCGAAUUGUGAUUCUGUCCAUCGUUACAGUGCCGCUGUGUAUUAUAGCAACAGUACUACGGCUAGUAGCUACGAGACGUUCACGUCGAGCUCUCGGCUGGGACGAUCUGUUCGCUGUUCUUGGGCUGCUCGGCUUCCUUGUCUACGCGUGUACGCCGUUCGUUGGCGUAGCUGCAGCAGGCGACUUAGACGAAGAAGACCUGGAUAUCCUAAUCGCAAAGUUAUCCUACAUAGCUUCCCCCUUCUAUUACGUUAAUCAACUGUUUGUAAAGGCUAGCCUCUUCGUCCUCUACUAUCGGAUAUUCUGGGCCGACCGCACCUUUGUACGCUGGGUGUACAUUCUCGCAACCAUCCACGUGUGCUGGUUCAUCACCUUCUUGUUCUUCCUGUUAUUUCUCUGCACGCCAGUCUCCAAAUGGUGGGAUGUAGCAGGAACACAACCAGGUUCUUGCAUUAGUGGAAAUGCAUUUCUUGUUCCGGAAGAAGUGACCAAUUCAGCCAUCGAUUUUGCACUGGUAGCACUCACUUUUGUUGUUAUCCGGAAGCUCAAGGUCACAAAGCAUCUGAGGACCAAACUCACACUUGUGUUCCUCGUCGGAGGCCUGUCUGGCGUCAUAGGCUUUGUCAAGAUCGGCUUGGUAUACGGACUUGACAACACCCAUGGUCAGGAAAACGAUGCCAAUGCAUUUUGGGAUAUUAUGCAAAUGGCAACGAGCAUAUUCUGCGCUUGCGGGCCAAUGUACAAGACACUGCUUCCGCUGCGAUCUCUCUGGUCCCGCUUGAAGACAUCAGUCUCAUCUUGGGCCAGCAGGUCACGUCUUUACUAUAGAUCGGUCGGCAGUCACAAGACUGAAUCUGAGCAGAGCACGAGCAGCGGGCGCCAACGCGAUGUCCGCGGCGAUGCUAAUGUGACCGCGGGCACCGUGGCAGAUUGGCCGCAGUUCGUUGAUGGAACUGAGACUCAGUACACUUGGUCUGAAGUCGAGAUGGUCGACAUCGAUUUCUCCAACCGACCUUCAGCAGGGAGCAAGAAUGUCCAAAGGCAAUCAAAUUCGGAAAUAGUAUGA